UGGUUUUAAACUAAUUACAUUGAAGCUGGCAUGUUCUUCCAGAUAUAUCCUCUGUGUGUGUGUGUGUGAGAGAGACAGAGAGAGAGAAAGAGAGAGAGAGCUUUUCUAUAGAAAGAAAUCAUGCUAUGCUACGUCUUUUUGUGCUUCUGAAAAAGGCAGUGGAGGUUUGUAAUGGAGUGCCCUCGAGAAGCACAAGGAAGCUUGAAACUGUAAGGAUAUACCAGGAGGAAAGACAGACCUUGCCAGCUGACAUCCUUGUUGUAUGAAUUACACAGCGGAACAUCUAUUCAGUAUGAUGUGUGGUGGAAGCCAAGUCAAAGAAAGUGAAGAAGAAGGACUACCAGUCAGCAUCACUCACUGUUGGAAUCAAGGGGAAGAGCACUCCGAUUUUGGGAGGAACGACCUUCUAAAUGGGCAAGUUCUUAUGGUGCUGACAGCUCAGAAGUCCCGCAAUUCUUCAUUCAACAUGAAUCCUUGGGAAGACAAACUGAAGACUUUGGGACUAGAGGUGACAGCUGACCAAUGGGAAACCUUGAUUCAACAAGCAGUGCUGGAGCCAAAAAUGAGAACCUAUAUAUCGUAUAACUCCAGAGUGACAAGGAUAGCCAUUGCUGCAUUUGUCUACGUGACUCUCUGGAUCAACCUUUAUUCCAUCCUGCAUAUCUUUUCUGUAGGACAGUCUUGGAAAGUCAGUAUUUUGGUUAGUCUUGUUGCCCUGGUGGCUGUUGCGAUCAUCCUAGUCAUAAUUCAUCACUAUCAAAGAAAGAUGAAUGUGAAUACCGAUAUGAGGCUAAUGGCUGCCAAUGAAGCCUUCAUGAAAUCUGGAUUCCUGGUGGGGUUGACAGAUUUUUCAGAUAAGAAUUGUGCUGUCCCACAGUUGUGCUUUGUCCAUUUCAAUGUUGCACCCUGCCUUCAGUCAUUGACAGACUCUCUGGCAACGCUGAAGAGAAGUCAGGCGUCUGCUCUGAAGCGCAAUCUGGAUCACAUCUGCAUUGUAGUCGAGACAGAUAUCCUGCCAAGUUGGGAAAACCAACCAAGGGACCCUUUGGAAGAGUCCGCACUAUUGCCUGAGAGAAGGAAGGGCGGCAGCAAGAAUUCCUUGACGCGCCGAGAAUUCCUCCAACUCGUCUCAGAUGGAGCACCGGAGACAAUUGCCCAGCAGCUCUUGACGAUCUUCAGCAGUUAUUAUGUCAGGCUCUUAGUUAGUGGCCAACUUCCAAAGCUCCCAGCAGGGCAGCACAAAACCCUUGGCCAUGAACCUUGCCUCUGCCAAUUUGUUGAGACCACACUGCUGGGGAAGACAUUAUCUAGAUUCCAACAGAGGUGAAGAUUAUGCUAGCAACCAAAGACCUCAACUGUCACAGAUUGAAGAACCAGAAUCUGAACUCUGAGAGAAUGAAGAAUGAUUUGCAUUUUUCUCCAUAUGACAGAAGUGGCCCUAGAAAUAUUCUUGGAAAUCUCUGUGCCUUGUUCUAAGGAGAGACUACGUUGGACCGACAGUAUAUUUGGGUCAGGAUCUGCCUAUGAUUUAUAAGAGUGAUUCCGUCAAAUUAUAUAUUGUUUUGCUGGUCUCUUGAUUGGAUGUUAAUGCAUUAUUGGCUGCCCAUAUUUGUGAGAAUGAGAUGGCAGCCAUAUACAUUGUUUCAAUAAAUAGAAAAGAAAG